AUGAUAAUAUCCUAUUUGGCGAGGAUUGUGCUGCUACUGCCAGACCUCUCCGCUUCGGACAACGAUCGCCUUGUCAGUAUUGCGCAGUCGUCGGACCCCCGAAACGAACAUCGGAUGUACCCAGCGUCACGAGAAGUACCUCACUACAAAGCUGCCAACACCGCACGAGGAGCACAAACAAGCGAAUUCCCCGAUAGCAUACAUUACAUCCAUCCUCGGAAACACGAGCCGGACAAAUUUCUGGAUGAAGAAUGUAUUUCUAUAAACGAAACUCUUCGUAAGCAGCUACUUCAGGAACUAUUCUCCGAUGCAUAUGAUAAGAACAAUCUACCUAGCACCAACUCAACUGAGGUGAUUGUUGAGCUCACUGUUCAAUCCAUAACAGAGAUCAGCGAGUUCUCAAGCAGUUUCAAGGCGGAUGUAUGGUUUUCUCAAAUCUGGCGGGAUCCUCGACUAGACUUUACGGAACGAAACUACUGUAUACAAAAUAUUUCAUUAGCUGCUCACAAGUUGCCACAAUUGUGGUCGCCGAAUGUCUGUUUCGUGAAUAGUAAGAAGGUCGAGAUUCAUUCCUCACCGUCGAAAAACAUUUUGUUACUGAUAUUUCCCAAUGGUACUGUAUGGCUUAACUUCCGCGUGUCUCUAGUAGGACCAUGCAAAUUGGAUCUCACCUAUUUUCCUAUGGAUCGGCAAUCGUGUAAUCUGAUUUUUGAGAGCUACUCGUUCAACACAGCAGAAGUGCACAUAGUGUGGAGAGAUUGGGAACCUGUUUCGAUCCCCGAUCCGGACUCGAAAAAUCUUCCAGAUUUUGAACUCGUCCACUUUAUGCAUCGGAACGCUACUCUCGUUUACACAGCUGGAUUGUGGGAUCAGUUGGAGGUUGAAUUCACUUUCAGGAGAUUGUAUGGGUACUAUGUUCUUCAGGCCUAUAUGCCUACUUAUCUUUCUGUUUUCAUAUCGUGGAUUGCGUUUUGGAUCGACACAAAGGCUUUACCAGCAAGGAUUACUCUUGGUGUAUCUUCGCUGAUGGCCCUUACAUUUCAGUUUGGUAACAUUGUCAAGAAUCUCCCCAGGGUCAGCUACGUAAAGGCUCUUGACAUCUGGAUGUUUGGAUGCGUUGGGUUCAUCUUCCUCUCCCUUGUUGAGUUGGCAGUUGUCGGUUUUGCUGACAAGCUGGAAGCGAAGAGAAAGCGGAGCCAACGAAUGCAAGAACAAUCAUUAAUGCGUACGGACUCCGAACAUCAAUGGCUAUCAAGACUUCAAAGGAAUGUUCUUUCCGAUGCUGGAGGAACAAAUUACCUCGUUUCUGGUUCGCUUCCGGCUGAAGGAAAUGGAAACGCGCAACGAGCGAGGGAUGAAAGAUAUCGUCGACAAGUCCGUGUAGAACAUCCAAAUUACGUCAACGGGGAACGAAUAGAUGAGAUGUCGGCAAAGUUGUUUCCUCUGCUCUUCACGGCAUUCAACAUAUUUUAUUGGUUUUACUACAUUGGAAUGUCAGGCUAA